AUAAAGAUUUUAAAAAUGCAAAUAAUGAUAAGGUUAAAUCCCCUCUUAAAGAAAAUGAAAAAAAUGGAUUAUAUGUUGUGUUAAAAAAUCUGAAAAAUUCCUCAAAUAUUCAUAAAGAUUUUUUAAGUGAGUGGGAAAAGUAUUUAAAUUUUAUUUGUUUAGCGGAUAAAGCAAGCAUUUUUUUAUUUGGAAUUACUCAAGAUCCUAAAACAUUUAAUUACAUUGUCGUAUUAGAAGAAAUAAAGAAUGGCAACUUGAGGUCUAAUUUAAUGAUUAAAAAAUAUAAUCCAGAUGACAAGUAUAGAAAUCUAUAUUUUGUAGCAAGAUCACUUUCAGCUUUGCAUGAUUGUGGUUUAGUUCAUGGCGAUUUCCAUAGUGGUAAUUUACUUUUAUGGGAUCAUAAGAGUAUGUAUAUUAGUGAUUUUGGAUUGAGUAGACCAGCUGAUAAACCUAAUAAAUCGAAUGAAGUUUAUGGGGUGCUUCCUUAUAUUGCACCGGAAGUAUUGCGUGGGAAACCAUAUACAAUAGCCGCUGAUAUAUACUCCUUUGGUAUUAUAAUGUGGGAAAUGACUUCUGGUAUUCCCGCUUUUAAUGAUGUGCCUCAUGAUUAUAAUCUUGCUUUAAAAAUUUGUCGAGGAGAAAGACCAAAUAUUAUUAAAGGCACGAUGUCUGAAUAUGUAGGAUUAAUGGAAAAAUGUUGGAACAAUGAUCCCAAUAAUAGACCAACUGCCAAAGUAUUAAAUAGUUAUUUUAAUAAAUGGUAUAAUGUAUAUUAUAACUCUAAAUAUGUUCGAAUUCAUGUACCAGAGAACGAACCGACCGUUAUUAAUCAUCAAUUAUCUUGCUACAUAAGCAGGAGAUUUGAUCAUUCUUUAAGAUUAAAUGAAGAAUUAAAUCAAGAUAAUAACGAUAGUUGUUUGAUACAAUUAGAAAAUAGUUCAGGGUUAACUGACAACUUGGGAUUAACUAAACACCCAGAAAGCUUCAAUUUUAAUGAAAAUUAUUAUAGUAAAACAGGAUAUACUGAAAACUCGGAAAACUGCAAGAUUACUGAAAAUCAUGAUACUGAAGACUAUGAUAGCUGCAAGAUUAAUGUUGAAAUUGAAUUAACUGAAGACUUGGAAAGCAGCAAUAUUACUGAAAAUGGUAAUAAUAAAACGGGAUUAACUGAAAACAUGGAUUUACAAACAACAUCACGUUGUGAAUCAGUUAAUGCUACAUUUAAAUGGCUUUUAUAUAACUCUAAUAGUACACUUAUAAAGAUAUUUCUUGCAAUUGAAGAACGCUUAGAGAAAGAGCGGGAUAAUGAAAAUUAUACAAAAUGGCAAAGUAUUCAGCAAUUUACUCAAUCUACAACUUUGAUUUCUAGUGUUUUUAUAAAUAUAAUUGACGAACUUAAAGCAAUUGUUACAUUAUCAAUACAAGAUAUUCAUUUUAAUGAAAUGGAAUUGGCACUUAAUUAUGAUGUAAAGGAAUUAAAUUUAUCUUAUAUAGACAAUGAAAAUUUUCAGGAUUGGACAUUUGCAGAUGGAUUUAUAGAAAAUCAAGAAAUUCGAAAAAUUACAUUUCAACAUCUUUUAGCAAAUUGCAACCAAGCAUGCAUUAGAAGUCUUUGGGAUCUCAGAAAUCGAUCUUUUUAUACUUUCUCAAAAUUUAAUGUUGAAUUAGAAACUCUGUUUAUAACAACUAAUGAUUUUUCUGAUUUUCUUAAUUUAACGAAUAAUUUUUAUAAUAAAAAUCAGCAGUAUGCUUCUUUAGGUCAGCAGAAAUUAUAUUAUGCUAAUGUGUAG